AUGUACAGAAUUUUGGAACACUAUGAGGCAGCUCUCGCUGCCUUCAAAGAGUCGGAGAAGCAACUUGGGCACAGCUGGAUUGUCCUGCUUCAGAUCGGAGAAACACAUGCGGGUCUGAAACAAUUCCCGCCGGCCUUGGAGUACCUACACAAAGUUAAGGCAAUGCACACCGACCUGAUUGAUACGGAUAAUGAUUUCAAGGAUGUUUACUGGGACCGAGUGCUUCUGCCGGAGGGCAACUACCACCGCGAGUUGAAGGACCACUCUGCGGCUAUCCGGUGUUACCAGGAUAUCCUGGCGCAGGACGUU